AUGUCAAAGCUACAAACAGCCAAUGAAGAAACACCACUGCUAUCUGCACCAACAUUGGCAGAUCAAGCCUCGUCCGGCGCCUCCUCUGACAAUGCCACGCUGUCUACCAAGAAGAAAGCAUCGCCUUGGUAUGUCAUUGUUGCUUUGUUUGGCUUGACAUUUUCAUUUGGUGCUCUCUAUGCACCCAUGAUUCAAUUCUACACUGUUAUCUUUUGUUACAAAUACUACCAGCAACAAUCAGGUGACAGUGGUGCUGACAUUCCACUCGACAAUUGUGCUAUCCCAGAGGUGCAAGCCAUUGUCUCUGAAGCACAAGCUAUCAUCAUGUUUUUGACUUAUGCCUCGACCUUACUAGUUGCUAGUUAUUAUGGCGCCUUAUCAGAUCGAAAGGGCAGACGUCUUAUCAUGAUAAUUUCCACUCUAGGCAGCUUGAUUCAGAUUGCCUUGUUUGUCAUCACCAUCAAGUACAUUCAUAUAUUUGGUAUCUCGCUGCUGUUCAUUGCGCCCAUCAUCAAGGGCUUCAUGGCAGGAGACACAGUAGCAAUCGCUGCUAUCCAGGCCUAUAUUUCAGACUGUACAACACGAGCAGAGAGAACCAUUGCAUUUGGCAACAUGAUGGCUACCAUCUUCUUGGGUACUUCCAUAGGUCCCACUGUUGCUUCCUUCUUACUCAACAAGACCAAGUCCAUCAACAGCAUCUUUUACAUGGUGUUCAUCAUUCACUUUGUCAUUGGCUUGUAUUAUUGGCUCGUUAUGCCAGAAUCAAACGAUAUCAGUCAGCACAAAGAGAUCAAACAGCAAGGAAAGCAAUCAUUUUUGCAACGCAUCAACAUCUUCUCUGCGCUUGAGAUUUUGCACAGACGAUCCAAAUCGGAACAUGCCUCUCAGUACGCUCUUCCUCUGAUGGCAGGUGUUCAGUUUCUGCUUUACAUUGUCAUGAUGCCACCUAGCUUGCUGUAUGCCAUGCUUCAAUUUAAAUGGACAGCUUACGAAGGUGGUCUAUUCUUUAGUCUGUGCUCCUUUACACGAGUUAUUAUCAUGUUGUCUGUACUGCCCCUCUUAUCCAAGAUAUUCCAUAGAAACAAGACUACACUAUCACCAUCGUCACCCACAUCGCACUCGGCAUCUACCGUCAAAGUUGAAGAGCCCGCAUCGCCAUCUUCCUCUACGUCUUCCGCUAUCAUGGAUACGCGUAGCAAAGAAGACAUCAGACAUGCCAUCCUAUUUGAUUCUUGGAUGAUUCGUACAGGACUAACGAUCGAGACAGUCUGCUUUGUGGCCUUCGGUUUGGUUACUACGUCAAUUGGAUUCUCCAUCACGGGUGCUGCUCAAAGUUUUGCAUUACUAGCAGCUCCUUCGCUUCGCUCUCUGCUUACGUCUUUGGUAGACCCCACCGAAAUUGGUGAAUUGCUCGGCGCCAUGGCUGUCUUGGAAGCAUGCGGCAUGAUUAUAUCUCAAUUGACAAUCAAUACCAUUUACAGUGCAUCUGUAGCAACAAUGCCCAACCUCAUCUUUUUUGUCUGCGCCAUCAUUUCAGGCCUUGCACUGACAUUUUCCUUCUUUGUACGUCCAUCAAAGCCUUUGGACACGACGAACGAUAACAUUUUGAUUCAUGAAGAUUGUUAA